UUGUCGGUUCCUACUUCAUAUUGUCAUAAAUCCCUUCACAAUGCUGGGAGUCAUGGCACUUCGAUACUGGCUUGUCUCUGUCGUUUGCAGCUUCUCAACGAGAUCCGAGUUGAGAGAUGCGCUGCUGCAGUGGUACCAUGCGGACGAGGCGACCAAGUUGCACCUGCCCCACGGAGCGCCUGGUGGAUGGGACGUUUCAUCGGUGACGAAUAUGAGUGGCCUCUUUAAAGACCUGGAGCGCUUCAACGAGAACAUCAGCGCCUGGGAUACCUCCAAGGUCGUCGACAUGAGCUCCAUGUUCUUUGGGGCUACUGCCUUCAACAUGCCCAUCGGCGAGUGGAACACAUCGCGCGUGCAGAGCAUGAGCAAGAUGUUUUUCAAGGCUACGAAGUUCAACCAACCAAUUGGAUCGUGGAAGACUGCAGCAGUCGUUGACAUGUCCCUGAUGUUUUGUGGGGCCAGUUCCUUUGAUCAGCCGAUUAAUGCUUGGGAUACGGCCGGUGUGAGGAACAUGAAAGGCAUGUUUUACGCAGCUACAAAGUUCAAUCAACCAAUUGACUUGUGGAAGACCGCAGCUGUCGUGGACAUGUCCUUUAUGUUCCAGGAUGCCAGCUCCUUUGAUCAGCUGAUCGGUGCUUGGGACACGGCCAAGGUGAGAGACAUGAGUAGCAUGUUUUACGAAGCGACAAAGUUCAACCAGCCGAUUGGAUCGUGGAAGACCGCAGCAGUCGUUGACAUGUCCCUCAUGUUCUGGAGGGCCACUUCCUUUGAUCAGCCGAUCAGUGCUUGGAACACGGCCAAAGUGAGAGACAUGAACAGCAUGUUUUACCAAGCUAAGAAGUUCAACCAACCAAUUGGAUCGUGGAACACUGCUGCAGUCGUGGACAUGUCCUGGAUGUUUUAUGGGGCCAGUUCCUUCGAUCAGCCCAUCGGUGGUUGGGACACGGCCAAGGUUAGGAACAUGAAUGCCAUGUUUUACGAAGCUACAAAGUUCAACCAUCCAAUUGGAUUGUGGAAGACAUCAGCAGUCGUGGACAUGGGCGCCAUGUUUUAUGGGGCCAGCUCCUUUGAUCAGCCGAUCGGUGCUUGGGACACGGCCGGUGUGAAGAACAUGAAAGCAAUGUUUUACCAAGCUAAGAAGUUCAACCAGCCAAUUGGGUCGUGGAAGACCACAGCAGUCGUUGACAUGUCCUUUAUGUUCCAGGAUGCCAGUUCCUUUGACCAGCCGAUUGGUGCUUGGGAAAUAGGAAAUGUCAAGGACAUGCACAAUAUGUUUGCGGGUGCAGUGGUCUUUAACCAGCCCAUAGGCUUGUGGAACACUUCAGCAGUGACAAACAUGCACAACAUGUUCUACGGGGCCAGCACUUUUAAUCGGCCAACCGGUGAUUGGGACACGGCCGAGGUGAGAGACAUGUCUGGCAUGUUCGCAGUGGCAACGUCCUUUGACCAACCCAUCGGCGCAUGGGACACGUCUCGAGUCAAGAGCAUGCAUUCCAUGUUUGAUCAAGCAGUGUCCUUCAAUCAGCCACUAAAUGAUUGGGACACAGGGUUGGUGACAAACUUCUCUGCGAUGUUCAUACGUGCUCGUUCAUUUGACCAGCCCGUGGGGAUGUGGGACACAUCGGCUGCCACAGACAUGAGAGACAUGUUUUCAGGUGCCAGAAGCUUUAAUCAGCCUUUGUCAACCUGGAACUUUACAUCAAUCCCUGAUGAGACGGCGAUGUCCAAUGCCUUUGCUGGGUCUGGGAUGUCGGAUUGUGUGCUUGGCGCCAGUUCUGAGGCUGUAGGUUUGCCUCCCAGAGUAUCUCGUCCUUGGGCAUAUUCAGCCUGUCCCAGCUGCCCUUGCCCUCAGACAAAUCUGGCAUGCGUCGAUGGAGCCUGUCGACCAGUGAACUCUGGCUUCAUCGAGCUUGGGAAAGGCCUUUGGCACGAUGUGAAUGCAACGCCUGCGACAGUAGUGGGCUUCCGAGCUUGCGCAAGCAGUUGUGAAGCUUCGGAUUGCUUUGCUCUUCUCCUUGAAGAGUCCGGUCACUGUUUGCUGAUACAUGAGCCUAGGCUCACACGGGACACAGCACCGAACGGAAGUUCAAGAGGACGGACCGCCUUUCGCCGGACCUCCUGCGGGACCUUCUCCUGUCCCGCUGGAACGGUGCCGACACCAACGACGCGGUCGAAGGAGUCGGAGGUGGAGGUCUCCGCGGCCGCCUGCUGCAGGUGCUCAGCGAGCAAUCAGGUCCGAGAUCGGAGCAAGGAGCCCGUCGAUUUGGUUUGCGUCGUCUGCCCAGCAGGAAGAGCUGCCAGGAAUGACGAGUGCCAAGCAUGCACAGCAGGAUAUGCCCCAGAAGGGGCCUCACAAUGUGCAGCUUGUCCUACUGGAGAAGUCCCACACCACGGCCGCACUGACUGCACGCCUUGUGCUCCGGGAGAAUAUGCAGAUGGUGAGACAUGCCGGCUUUGUCGAUUCCCUCGUUUCUUGAAUGGCAACAACUGUAUUUGGUGGCACCUUCCGAUGAUCGUCCUGGUGCUCCUCUUCUUCUCCGCCCUCGUCUUCCUCGGGCACCGCGUCACCAAGCGGCGCCGGAAGCGCUGGACCGAGCGCCGUGAAGAGGAGGUGAACCAGAUCCUUCAACAGCUCGAACAGGAGCUUUGGCAUGAGAAGCUGAACACCAUGAACAGGUUUUUUGUGGCCUUGAACGGCUUUGGCUGGACCUGGAACCAAGUGUGUCAGCGAGCUGAAGAGAUCCGGGCCCGUCACAGCGCCCAUGCGGGUGUGAGCCUGGCGUAUUUGAUGGGUGACUUCUCACGGGUGGCCUAUGACUGGUCUGGCGAGGAUGAUCCAACAUUUCUUCGCUUGAAGGAGGUCUUCUGGCAAGGCGAGGAGAAGCUCGGAUCUGACAUUCCUUGCCCCCGCGAUGGGCGACCAGGAUGCGCGCUGGUGGAUUGGCUGUCGCCAGAGCAUCGUCAAAUGCAGACGCAUUUUAUGAUCUCUCGCGGAGAGUCGGGCAUCGACGACGUCACAUCAUCCCUGUGCCACGUCAACGUGGCCGAUGCUCGAGCCUUUGAUCCCAGAGACGAGGAGAAGGGGAUGGGAGACCGAAACAUCCGGAGGGUCGUCGCCGGCUCCGGUGCGAGGAGUGGAGAAGUUGGCUGCCAGGAGUGGAGUGAGGACUGGCUGAAGGGCCAAGUUUUGGAGGCCCCAACAGCUGAUAUGACCGGAGGCGAGGCGGUUCCGCCGGGUCGGGUUGGCGACCGGAAGGUUCGUGCCAUGGAUCGCCUGCGGAGCGAUGCUCUCGCAAGGCAGUCGGACGAGCUGCGACGGACUCUCCGGGAGCGUGUAGGACCGGUGAGUCCGCCGAGCUUGGCGGCUUUUUUCAUGUUUUGGCUCUGUGAAGAGGAUAUCGAUCCGGAGCCAGAGGUUGGCGGUCAGCCUGCGAGCUUGGCGAGCUCCGCCCAGGUGGGGCUUGGCUCUGGCCUGUUGAUCUACCUCACGGCGCAGGCACAUGAUGUGACGAGAUCGUCCUUGGUUUGGUUCUCGUGCAUGCUCACUGGCGGUCUGCGAGCGAUCGCCCAGCUCCGCACCACGGCGCCCCAGUCAGAGGACGCGCUGCUGGUGACCGUGUUGAUCUUCAGCUGUUUGCUGGGCUGUGGCUUGCCGCAGGCGGCUUGCCUGAAGUCUGAGGCGAUGCUUCUGGGCGUGGCUUCGAUGCUGGCCAGCGAGGCGCUUUGCAACAUCGAGGUGCUGGCGGGGACCGGCCAAGUAGUGCUGUCCAUCCUGCUCCUGGGCUUUGGCCUGACGGGCUUGCUCGAGAGCGACUCGAGCGAGCGCAGCUCUGCCCCGUACUUGGCCACGUCGAGUGUCGCCGAGGGAGGCAAAGGUUCCGGAAUGCCUGGCGCUUCCUCAGGUGACAAGAAGCGCGAGAAGUCAGGGCUCGGCUACGAGCCCUUCUUCCCGGCCACGGUCCUGGAGGCUCAGAAGUAUUCGCCACACUUUCUAGUGAGCUGCCGUGCUCGGCAUCUGCGAGGAGCUGCGGCCGAGCAGCUGCUGGAGCUGGUGCCCCGGCAGCCGCAGGAGAAUCCCAGAGGCAAGGCCAAGGCCGAAAGCAAGCGGAGGGAGAAGGCUGCAGCCCGUGGUCCGGUGCCCUUCGAGCCCUCCGAGCCGAAGGAAAAUGCCCCAAAGUCAGGAGCGGCCAAAGCUGCCGACCUUCGUCCAGAGGACGACCCGCGGGACGACCGCGCCGAGCCGGAGAAGCCGGCGGAGACACCGAAGACACCGAUGCCCGCGAUGGAGGUGGAGCCGGAGCGGGAGUCCCGUGCAGUGCCUGUCCUGGGUGGAGGUGAGUCCUUGCUCCUGGAAAGCAAAGCAGAAGAGGGAGAGGAGGCCCUCGAUGCGGAGGCGAAGGACGAGGGGAGCCGACUGCAGGCGGCGCUCAGCGCGGCGGCCCCCGAGUUCCGCCCGCCGUCGGCGUUGGAGUUCUGCACGCAGGCUGCCGCCGAGGCUGCUGCGGGUGAUGAAUCCGCCAUGCACUUUGAUGGGCCAUCGAGCACGAUGGACAGCUGUCCGUCAGCCUUUGAUGGAAUGGUUUUUGAUGUGCCAUCGCAAGGGUGCUUUGAUGGGCAGAUGGGCUUUGAUGGUGGCUUUGAUGGGCCAAUGAGAUUCGAUGGCGCGCAAGAGGGAUGCUUUAAUGGACCAAUGGCUUUUGAUGGGCCAGUGCCCCAUGGCGACCCGGUCGUGGGCUUUGAUGCACACCCGUACGCUGGGCCGUGCGGUGCGCACGGCGCGCACGGCGCUGCACACGCAUAUGGUGGGCACCCCAUGAGCUAUGAUGCGCAGCCCUUCGAGGGCUAUGCGGAUCCGGACUACGGCUAUGAGAUGGGCUACUACGAGGAGGGGUUCGAGUACGCACAGGCCCAGGAUUGGUCCUGGGGGGAUGCUUCUGUGCCGUACGCAGGUGAUGACCUUCACGAGCCCAUCCAGGCCUUCGCACCGCUGGAAGGCACCUGGGCUGCUGCAAGCAGUCGACUGGAAGAGCUUGAGCAGGAUGAUGAGGAGGAGGACGAGAAGGUGGAACCGUUGGCGGCGGACAUCCCCGACCCUGGCCUCGGGCGAGCCUCGCAGGCUCGUCAAAGCAUGGAAGAAGCGCGCACCAGUGGCAAGGGCAAAGGUGCCGUCCGGGGCGCCUCUGACAGUCGCGAGGGGAAGUCCGGCAAGAACUGGAAAGGGAGUGAGAAGGGCAAAGGAGAGAAGGGAGACGCCAAGGAGAACAAAGGCGAGCGAGGGAAGAAAGGCCGCGAAGGGCGGGAAAUGACAGAUGGCCGCCAAUGGGCUUACAUCGACCCCCGCGGCAACAUUCAGAUGGGCUUCAGCAGCUCGAGGAUGAGGAACUGGUUUCAGAACGGCUUCUUUCAGGAGCACUUGGAGGUCGCCCUGAUGCGAGAGUCGGGUCAGGCCCCUCCACGCCGCGCCUUCCGGCGCCUGCGCGAGAUCUUCCCCGACCUCGACCGGUGUUUCCUGUGA